AAAAGCUCCCCUGCUCACAGGCUCUCGGGGAGCUGGCUGGCUGGCUGCUCGGGCUCCAUAUGCAGCAGCAGGCACUGUCCUGAUCACCUAGAGCUCGUCCACUUCCACAUGAUCAGCUGCUCCCCUCCAUCUCACCCACUCACCCUCACACUGGAUUUAUACCUGUCUAUGAUCACACACCUACCGCACUGCUCUCCGGCUGCUGGGGUACCCAGAGGGGAGGGGUGGAGGCAGCUCACUUUUAUUUCCUUGCAUGAGUGAAGAGAGCAGCGAUCAGGCAGAGCUGAGAGAGAAUAGGAGCAGGAGCUGUCUUUAUUGACAUCACCCCUCACCCCCUCCCUGCUCCCUCUGUAACCCAGCCAGCCCGGGCGAUCCACACCUGCAAUGUCCUAUCCUCAGGGUUACCUCUACCAGCCCCCCGGUUCCCUGGCUCUCUACCCCUGUCCGGCUUAUGGAGCUUCGGCGCUGGCCGCCCCCAGGAGCGAGGAGCUGGCCAGGUCUUCGUCCGGCUCCGCUUUCAGCCCUUACCCGGGAUCUGCCGCCUUCAGCGCCCAGGCGGCCACAGGUUUCAGCAGCCCCCUGCAAUACUCCAGCGAGCCGGGAGGAUUCCCCUCCUACAUGGUGAGUGAGUGCUCCCUGCUCCCCGGCCCCUCAACUCGGUGAGGGCUAGUUACUUUAUAGCCCCCUCCUCCUGCACACACCAUUCUCACACUCUGAGUGAGCCUAAAAUAAGAUAUACCUUCACAUAUCCUCAAAUACUUUUAAUUUCACAUUAUUUUCUAUUUACAUUUUUAUUCAGUGUGUGCAACAAUUUGAACUUAUUAUACGUGCUUAUGUAUGUAAUAUAUAUAAUAUAUAUACUGACUAAUAUAAAGAGACAAUCUGUAAUAUGUACAGUACUUUUACAGGACGUCACUCUAUAUAUAUCACCUUUCAUAACAAAUGUAUAAUAUAUAUAUUGCCAGCACGGCAAUUGUAAUUCUUUUUAAUUCAUCGUUUAUUUUUCGGUGAUUAAUAAUUACCAGAUCACUCGUGUUGAGAGAGUUUUUUUUUUUUUAUUAUUUACCAGCGAAAUGAAAACCAACAUAUAUCACGUGUAAAAUGUUUAAUACAAAAAAUAUAUAUGUUUCCAAGUACAAAUGUGGCUGGGGUUAAGCACUGUUCGCCUAGCGAUUCCCGUGGUUAUUAUUUUAUCUUCUUAAUUUUUAAGCUUUUUUUAACUUUUAACAAUUCGUUAGUAAAUAGCAUCUGAUAUUCCGUUUUUAACAAUGUUGCUAUUGUAUUUUUUUCAAAGUAUUUAACAUGUAUUGAUACAGUGUUGUCAUUGUGCGUGAAAGUGUGGGAAUACUGAGAAGUGUGAAUAAUGUUGCUGAGAUUAUAUUUAAGUGCUCAUUGGGCGAACUUUGCAAGCAAAAUAAUUGUAGGUUUUACCUCUGUAAAUGUUUGAAUUUUCACACUUUAAAGGUUAAUGACACAAUUAAACACUGCUCUCUAGUUAAAUGUAUCCUCGCUUUAUUGGGGGUCUAAACACGUUUUUAAGUACUUUAUGGUGCUAACAAAUGAGAAGAGAUGUGUCCAAUAACUGUGGUCGUGUACAACUGAUCGAGUUCUUAGGGAUAUCUUUAACUUGCUCACAUUAUGCAGACUUAAAUAAAGGCAAUUUGAACGUUAAAGAGCGAAUUAAAAUGCAAAUUGCAUGCUAUUUGAACAAUUCGAAGUCAUGCAUAUCUUCUGAUUUGCAAAUUGGAUUUACAAUGCAUUAGACGAGUGAAUUGCUCCAAGAUGGCAUUGUUAUAUUUUCAGCCACAGAAUAAAGGAACUGAUUUCUUUUGAAGCUCUUCAGUAAUCUUCAGAAUGUACAAACUACCUGUAGACAAAGAACAAUAAAACACCUACAAAGAUAAACCGUUUUCUCAUUACAAACGAUUUUUUUUUAAUUGCAUGAUAAUGGGUUUAUUUUAUUUACAAGUGCUGUUUGUGGAGGUUUUUUGUGGUUAACAGAUUCCCUUGUUUUAUAAUAUAAUAUAAUGCAAAUGUAAAAGUUGGAGAAAACAUUAAACGUUUAACCUUUAAAAAAAAACUGUCUUUCACACUUGUGUUUGGUCAGUGCAUCGAAAUGUUAAUAUUAUGUACAUGUCACACACUCCUAAAAUAAGGAUUUGCUAUGUCAGUAUUAAUAUUCGCUUAAUGGGUAUAAUUCUUUUAUUUACAGGGAUCCCCUUAUGAUGCCCACACAACUGGCAUGGCUGGGGCAAUUAGCUACCACCCGUAUGGUAGUCCUGCUUACCCAUACCAACUCAACGACCCAGCUUACAGGAAAAAUGCCACCAGGGAUGCUACUGCCACGUUGAAGGCCUGGCUGCAGGAACACAGGAAGAACCCUUACCCCACCAAGGGGGAGAAGAUCAUGUUGGCCAUCAUCACCAAAAUGACCCUCACUCAGGUCUCCACCUGGUUUGCCAAUGCCAGGAGGAGGCUCAAGAAGGAGAACAAGAUGACCUGGGCACCUCGAAAUAAAAGCGAGGAUGAAGAUGAAGAUGAUGGAGAUGGUGAAAGAGGGAAAGAAGACCAUUCAGACAAGGUCCAAGAUAGCAACGAGACGUCAGCAGAAGAUGAAGGUGAGUCAGUCUUGUUUUUACAAAGAGCAGGCCGGGAAAUUCUACCAGGAGAAUGUAGAACACUCAGCAAACAGGCCCCAACUAUUCAAACUGCAGCUCCUUAUACUGAACUCACAAGCUUACUUUACUGCAAUUAUGACUGCAGAAUUUACUGGAGAGUUACAGUUUAUUAUCAAACUUUAUAUCAGGUUUAGGGAUAUUUCAAUUGAAUAUUUAAUUAAUCUUCUGUGCAAUUUAGGGUUGGGCAAAUCCCUUGCUAUCUUAACAGCAUGCUGGUGUUGUGGAACAAAUACAAGAUCUUGCAUGCAUAAAAUAUAACUAUAUGAUGACUAAUAUAAAGAGACAAUCUGUAAUAUGUACAAUACCUUUACAGGAUGCCAAUCUAUAUAUUUCACCUUUAAUAAACAAAUGUAUAGCAAAGCCAAUAUGUUAUGGCAAAAUAUUGCAAUUUACAGUAACUUACUAUUGAGUAAUAUGGUAUAAAAGGUUACAAUGUAAACUAGUAUAUUAGAUAUAACUUAGACUGUUUUCAAAUAUAUAUUUUAGUAUAUCAUUUAAUACGAUGACGUGUUACAUCCAGCACUCUUGCUUAUUUUAUAUUUUUGUGUAUAUUAAAAAAUAUUAUUAUUAUUAUUAUUAUGUACUUACUAUGGUUAUUGAAAGCUAAAUGCCAUGGCCAAAUGCAAAAAUAUAAAUGACAAAUGUAUUAAGCACAUUUGUGGGGCACACUUGCAAAAGGGGAGCAAUCACCAUGGCAACCAGUGGAACGUACCCACUGGUUUCACCGGUUUUCGAACUUUGCUCCAAACGUUGCUCUUUAUACAUACUCAAAACUGUAUGAGGACAUGCAGAGUAAUAUAAAAGAGUAUGUAUAAAACGUGUGUGUAUAUUUCUAUGUGUUGUACACACAUUCAUUAAACGCUUGUGAAUUCUAUACAUGUUGGGGGGGUAUCUGUGCAGUUUGUGUGACAAUUGCCCUUGACCUUGUGCUGUGGUAUUUUCUAGGUAUUAGUUUGCACGUAGACUCCAUGACCGAUCACUCGUGUUCCGCCGAAUCGGACGGUGAGAAGUUGCCCUGCCGAUCUGGGGAUCAUCUCUGUGAAUCGGGGACCGAAUCCAAGGACAAGUAUGAGGAUGAUGAAGACGAUGAAGAGGUUGAUGACGAAGACAGGGGGGUCCCCUCUGCUAAAUCUGUGACGUCAUCUCCUCUUACUGGGGUAGAAGCACCUCUUCUCAACCACCACCAGCACGACGGCAGCCCUAGAAUCUUAAAUAAGGCCUCUUUGGACAAUAGGAUUUCUCCCGGAUCUCAGACUCCAGCCAAACCCAAACUCUGGUCACUGGCCGAAAUUGCCACUUCGGACCUAAAACAUCAGAAUAUCAGUCCAAGUUGUCCACCCCCUACUUUGUCCUCAGCCCCCUCCUCAUCAGCAUCGCACAGCUCGGCAUACCCUUCAUCCUCCAUUCUGGGAAGGCAUAUUUACUACACAUCGCCUUUUUAUAGCAAUUAUACAAACUAUGGGAAUUUCAAUGCUCUUCAAAGUCAAGGGAUACUGCGAUAUAAUUCGACAGUGGCGACUUCGAACGAGGGACUUAACCAAACGGUUCUCACCAGCACCUCUCUGCACAAACACCCCAGUGACUCACUAAAAAGUGUCAGCACUCAGCUCGAACAGCACUACAGGGCGAAUAACUAUGAAUCCAAAAAAGGUACGGAAUUUAGUUUUUUUUUUUUUUUUUCAAGAAUGUAAAAAUGUCUAUUGUUAAAAGAGGUAAUGGGGCUUGGCAUUGCUUUGACAGUGAAGGGGUUAAAUAAAACACCGAAUUACAGCGAUUUGACCACAUUGCAGAAUUUAGGCCAAAAUGUGUGAUUUGGAAAAUUUCGCCAACUUGGCUCAAUUAUAGUCACAGCAUGGUUAUGGUGUAUAGGCUAAAUUUUACAAUUCGGUUUUCUUUUCACCAUCAUUCGCUGUUCAGUAAUACAUUUUCAUUUCGAACUCUUGUAGGGGUUUUUUCAAGUUUUUAUUUUAUUGUUUUAAUUUUGUAUUUUAUUAUUAUUAUUUUUUCUCUUUUUUUUUGCUUUUCCCCAGCUGAACAGAUUUGGUUUAUUAAUUAGCUGUGUGUGUUUUAGGUUAAUUGAACCUGAAAAAUUCGAUUAACCCGUUGAGUUAACAUAUGGUGUGAAAGACACAAGGUGGCACUGAAAGGGGUUAAGGAAAGCGUGGUCGAUUAAAUGGGGCUUUUAAAUCUUGUGUCUGUGUGAAUUUAGCCCAUUGGAGAAUUGGAACAUAUAAUCUAGUUAGCUAGCUGUGUCCUGUGACUAACUGACGGUUAUAUUUUGACAGAUCCCACCGAAGUCUGCACAGUAGGAAUACAACCAUACCUAUAGAUGUGCAAUCAGACAGCAAUGCAAGUAAGUGAGAACACUAUCUAUUGCCUGCCUAUGGUCAUCUGAGACCAAAAUCGAAACAAAUUAGGUAGCCAUAAAUUCCCUUAUAUACCAUUUAUUGCUUCAUUACCUGGCAAUCUGGUUUAAAAGUCAAUUAGAAUCCCAGAUGUCUAUCAUUAUUAAACAGCUAAUAUACAUUCUCAUUAUUUCAUAAAAAAAAAUAAUAAAUAUAUAUUUUUUAAAAUGUCUUUAAUCAUAUCACAAAGUCACCCCUUAAGCAAAAUGUAGAUGUAUGACAUAUUUUCAAAUAAAAACCUGUUGAAUGACCAACACUUUGCUACUCACCCUUAGGUUUAAUUUUUUAAUCUUACUGCUUUUGAGACCGUUAUUAUGGUUGUAUUAGAAAACAGAUCUAAUUAUUCUUAUUUAGUUCGGUUUUAAAAACCCCUUUUUAGUUCGAUUACAAAUGUGUUUAUAAUUUAUACAUAGUGUGUGUGUAUGUGUGUAUUAUUAUAUUUAUAUAUUUAUUAUAUAUAUAAUAUUACACAUAUAUUACACAGAUUAUGUAAUGUAUGUGUGUGUCUGUGAUCAAGCAUUCCACACUGUAUUCAUAGUAGUGUUAUUGUGCAAGGAUUUUUAGUGAUUUUGGUUUUUUCCUUUAUUCACAGGCAGGUGUCACAAUUGCUUUGAAAAAAAAGUCAGCAAGCCAUCAUCUCUCCCUCAGCUAAUAAGUAUUACAACAAAUAUCUAAAUCCGGAUCACAUCGUGUGCCACUGUAUAAAGGAAGAUACACAGAGCACUAUUAAAUCUACAGACUCCUUUAAAAAAAAUUAAAGAAAGGUUCCCUUUGACAUAUGUGAAUUUCUUGGUAUAGUAUAGUUGACUUCAUGUAUAUUUGUGACUUUUUUUUUUGCAAACAAUCUGUUUUUCUCAGGAUAUCUUGACUUGAUUACUUCAUUGCCACUAUAGGUGUGAUGAUAGAAUUUAUUAUAAAUGAAUGCAAAGAAGAGGGACACAAAAAAAAAAAAACUAUUUGGAAAAUAUGUAUACAAUAGAGAUAAUAAUUGUGAUUCAUGAACUGGAGUACUUAAAAUGUGGGACGAAAAAAAAACAACAAAAAAGCAGAUUUGAUAUUUAUUUUUUUAAUGAUAUAAAAGCUUCUAGUAAUUUAUGCAAGUUGUAUUGCAAUGAAAUUCGAAACAUUUUUUUGUAAAUAAACUCUGCCUGGUUUUUAUUUGGAAACGAAAUAUGACAUUUAUUAAAUUUAUUGUCAACGAGUAUUCUCUACUAAUUUAUAUUCUAAAUUGUAAAUAAACACAAAACAGUAUGACAAUUGAC